CCGACUAUGGCUCGUUACGCUUUCGUUACGUUCGUUUUGAUCUUCGUCGCCGUGGYGCCGCGGCACCGGCACCAAGCGGCCGGCCAGUUGAACGACUUGUCCGCGUCGUACCACUCAGACGUGGCCGACGGAUUUAAAACGGCAGCUGCGAUGGAGGGUGGGUUCGAGGAGGUGGCCGCGUCGGCGACAAAUGACAGUUCUGUGGCCACUAACGGUACGGCGGGCGUGUACAGGUUGCCCGACGGCGUGACGCCCGUGUCGUACGCGCUGCGCGUGGACACCGACCUGGACAGGCUGUCGUACUCGGGCAGCGUGGAGAUCACGAUCGUCACGUCCGUGACACCCAAGCUCUGCCGGAUCGUGCUCAACGCUAAAGACGUCAGGGUGACGGGCGUCCGGGUGACCGACGUGAACACGGGUGUUCCGCUGAACGUCACCGACUGGCAACUGGUUGACGGCGACGAGCAGCUGAUCGUCACGGUCGGCGUCCGGUGCUUGAUACCCGCCCGACACUACKUGGUCGCCAUCGACUUUCAGGCGCCACUCCGGGACGACAUGUCUGGCUACUACAGAAGCUCGUAUCGGGAGGGAAACGUCACCAAAGUUAAUUACGAGGAAGAAAACUGGAAUGCCUUAAUCAGUCAGCUGCAUAUUGACUGCAAAGAAAUACACGUGCUCAACCGAGCUCAGUUGAUUGACGACGCAUUUAAUUUGGCCAAGGCAAACCGAGUGGAUUAUGCACUGGUUUUGUGGAUGUCAGAAUAUCUAAAAAAUGAAGACGAUCCRAUCCCGUGGUAUUCAGUUAAAAAUGGAUUCACGUUUUUGUUGAACCGURUGAGACGUUGUCCGAAUGGUUACAAGAACCUAAAAGCUUACGUUGGAUACUUGGCUGGGUUGAUAUACACAAAAACUCAAGAUCUAGUCGUGAACCAUAAUAGCACAGACCAUACCAUCAACACGGGCUGGAACGCGUUCUCRAAUUGGGCGUGUAAGCUGGAUAACAAGCAGUGCAUAAAAUCUGCUUUGUUUUACUUCCGGGAAUGGCGCCGGGGUGAAAAUGUACCAGCCGAUAUCAGGGACGCGGCGUUUUGCGUCGGGGUGAAAUAUGGUGAUUUAGGAGUGUGGAAUKCCGUACUUGACGUGUACGUCCGAUCUGAAUCAGCGUCUGAUCGACAGUCCGCUCAGUUAGCGUUGGCGUGUUCCAAAGAUCAGAUUCAACUGUCAAAGAAUCCAGUUAUCGCUCGCAGAAUUGGGUAUUGGAAGGUUGUUACUGUCGUGGAUGGUGCUCAUACACUGGUAAGAGUAUACGACGUGGUCAAGCCGGCCAGAGCCACAGGUGGCUUCAUCAAAGGCUUCUGCGAUUCCAAAGAGUUAGCGUUGUCCUUGGUGACAGAGACCCUCAUUGGACCAUCCCUGGUCUCUGGUGGCACACGAAAUAGCUCACACAUGUUGAGCCAGAUUUUCAUAACURUGUAUUUGGAUUUCAUGUUUGACGGGUACAACGGUACAAUUUUGCCGCAAGACUUUAGAGUUAUAUACCGCACGUUGGCGUCGACUCCGCAGGGCAUCGAGGCAUUGAUCCAGUUCUUAACYACCAAACUCGAUCGGAUCGUAAACGAAAUAAUCAACGGGGAACAAGUAGCGACGUCUAUUUAUGCGCUGUUGGCCUCUAAUGUGGCUCGUGACGAAGAAAUACAAAAGAUUGACAACCUGAGGAAAGACACUUCGGUAUCGGAACAUCUCCGACGGAAAUUCGACGCAUUGUACCUCAGCAGGGUAGAUGACAAUCUAGCGUGGUUCGACGCGCAUUAUUCGACAAUCGCUGCAAUCAUGCAGUUGACAUAUUUUUUGGUCCACGUAUUGUGUUUCCAUGCCCUGGUGCAGCAGUUGAGCGGACACGAUGGAAAUACGAGUCUGGCGGAAACCACGAACGCUGUGUUCCGKCUGCCUGGAACUACGGUUCCGGAUUAUUACGACUUACGGUUCGAGUUACAGAACUUCACCGGUACCGAUAACUUAACGUUCAGAGGCCAAGUGAAUAUAGAUAUUACUGUCGUUUCGACCACCGAAGUCGUGACAGUGAAUCUCAAGGACCUGAACGUGACCGCCGUGACGGUGGCAGAUAUAACAAACGUCUCGAGGCCUUUGGAUUUAAAAAUAAGCCAUUGGUUGUACCUGAYGAAUGACGAACAGUUUGAAAUCCAUCUUAUUAGGUCCGUCCCUAUAGGUAAGUGUCUGCGGUUGUCGAUAACUUACGCCGGCAAUGUAAGAACUGACAUGACCGGUUUGUAUUUGGAUUCGUACGAGGAGCGAGGCGCGACCAAGUGGUUAGCUGUGACGCAAUUCCAGCCGACUUAUGCGAGAAGAGCGUUCCCGUGUUACGAUGAACCCGCGUACAAAGCAAAAUUCAACAUAUCGGUGGUCAAACAAAAGCAUCAUAUUGCUCUGUCCAACAUGCCAAUCCAAUAUAUUCAACAGGGUUUGAAUCAAUCGGAAACGGUUUACUUCAUACAAACACCUAGGAUGUCGAGUUACUUAGUUGCUAUUUACGUGGGUGAAUUUGUACCAAGCAGAAUAUAUGAUAAGUACAAUUCAUCAGCGAUAACGGUUUACACAUAUCAAGAAUUAUCCAAUCAAACCCAGUACGUAAUUAACGAAGCUCCAAAACAUUUACGUGUACUGGAAGAGUACACAGGCUUGUCAUAUUUGCUGCCUAAAAUGGACUUAUUGGCCGUACCAGAUUUGAGUUUUGGGGCGAUGGAAAAUUGGGGAAUCAAUGUUUAUCAGGAAACCUAUCUGCUGCUAUCGGAUGAUUCGAAAGCGAGAAUGAAAAUGCGUGCGUCUAUAAUUGUACAACAUGAAUUCACUCAUCAAUGGUUCGGGAAUCUGGUCACCUGUAAGUGGUGGGAUUAUUUAURGUUGAACGAGGGUUUUGCGCAGUACUUUCAAUAUUUUKCCACCGAAAUGGUGAGACCCAACUGGCCAAUGGAAGAACUGUUUGUGAUCGAAGCGUUUCAGGGUGCAUUGGCAUAUGACCAAAAGCCCAGACAUCCAAUAACUGCAUCCGUGAGCACUCCUGAAGAGAUUAAAAACGUAUUUGAUCCAAUAUCGUAUAAAAAGGCAGCUUYGGUUUUGAGAAUGUUGAAUACGUUUGUGACCAAACAUUUAUUCAAAAUGUCCCUACAACAUUACUUGGACACUAUGAGUCAAAGUGUGGCAGAGCCUUCAGACCUAUUUUCAUCAUUUGACUAUGUGUUAUACGAAUAUAAUCAUGRCAUUGGGAAUAAAUUGACGGUAAACGAAUUCAUGUCCAAUUGGACCUUACAGUCAGGAUAUCCGGUACUGAAUAUAAUGAGAAACACAACUACAAAUACAUUUGUWGUGAUUCAAAGCCAGUUUUAUAUCAAUAAGACCGAUGGAAUCGUCAACGAAACAGCGGCAUGGCACAUUGGUCUUACGUUCACAACUGAUGUGACUAAAAAUUUUAGUGAUGUAAAACCAUCCGUUUGGACGAAUAAAGAAUCGGCGUCAACUGUUAUAACGGCCCCCCGAAAUUUGAGUUGGUACAUUUUCAACUUACAAUCCGUUGGUUUGUACAGAGUGAACUACGACAGCGACAACUGGAUGGCACUGAUCAAGCAGCUGAACGAUACACCCAACGAUAUCCACGUCCUCAACCGUGCCCAGCUGAUAGACGAUGCUUUUAAUYUGGCGAGGUCGGGCCGAUUGGACUAUUCAUUGCCAUUGCAUUUGUCCAAAUACCUGAAGAACGAAAACAACACUACACCGUGGUAUUCGGCAAUGAACGGCUUUGCCUAUUUAUUAGAGCGCAUGCCUCGCAGUGACAARGGAUACGCAAACCUCAAGUCUCAUGUCAGCAACUUGGCGGGAACCAUAUAUACUAAGCUUGAAUCCCUCGUAUCGAGUGGCAACACUGAUUUUAAGGUGAUGAGUGCUUGGGAAACUUUCUCGACGUGGGCCUGUAGGUUGGAAAAUAAAUACUGUACAAUGAAAGCACAAGAAUACUUUAAUAAAUGGCAAGCCGGAAUGAAGUUACUAAGAAGUUUGAAAAACAAUUCUACUGYCCCUGUCUCUGUGAGAUCGUCAUUUGAGAAAUCGUAUGAAAAUGUCAAUGAUAACCUAGCGUGGUUCAAUAAGUAUGGAGAUAGAAUCAGCCAAUGGGCGUUAGAAAAUCAAGAACCUGAUCCUCAAACUAUACCAACCGAGAGCACAUCGACUGAAAUACCUACUAAUCUAACGUCUAUUACAACCUCAAUCGGUACCACGGAAUUUUCUACCACAUCCCCCGUGCCAGUUACUAAAUAUGUAACGACAACCACAUUAAAACCAUCCAGCGCAACAGCGCCUGUGCAUACAAGUUGUAUCAUGUUGCUUUGGUCCAUUUUGAUAGCUUUAAAGGCAUAUUUUUAUAUUUUGUGAAGAAUAAUCUCAUGAAACCGAAUGCUUUAGUCCAUGGUAAGUGAUAACCACCCUAGACGUGACUUAUUCUGUUUUCUUUCAGGCAUUCGUACACAUUUAUCAUGUCAAAAUGAAAAAGAUAGGAAAUCCGGUUUUAUAAUAAUAUUUAUAAAUAAGACUCUUAAA